CUCCAGCACUGUCCAGCCUCGCCUGUGUCCCCAGUAGCACCAGUGGGCAUUUCUAGAGGGUCCAGCUCGUGGCUCAAGUGACAGGAAGAGAUGCUGAGCUGUUGGCGCACUGCAGCACAACUAGAGAUGUACGGAUGCCCCCAUCUUGAUCUCACAAAAUCAGAGGUGCAGCUGUGAGAAAGAGUCAAGAACAGACACUGAGUCGCUUGAGGACUCAGGAGGGUGUUUGCUGCGUUGACAACAGAUUUGCUCUGCUUUUCCAACACCAGUGGAAGAUGAUCACAUCCCAGGGAUCAGUGUCAUUUAGGGAUGUGACUGUGGGCUUCACUCAAGAGGAGUGGCAGCAUCUGGACCCUGCUCAGAGGACCCUGUACAGGGAUGUGAUGCUGGAGAACUACAGCCACCUUGUCUCAGUAGGGUAUUGCAUUCCUAAACCAGAAGUGAUUCUCAAGUUGGAGAAAGGCGAGGAGCCAUGGAUAUUAGAGGAAAAAUUUCCAAGCCAGAGUCAUCUGGAAUUAAUUAAUACCAGUAGAAACUAUUCAAGAAUGAAGUUCAAUGAGUUUAACAAAGGUGGAAAAUGUUUCUGUGAUGAAAAGCAUGAAAUAAUUCAUUCUGAAGAGGAACCUUCUGAAUAUAAUAAAAAUGGGAACGGCUUCUGGCUGAAUGAAGACCUUGUUUGGCAUCAGAAAAUUAAAAAUUGGGAGCAACCUUUUGAAUACAGUGAAUGUGGGAAAGCUUUCCCUGAGAAUUCACUCUUCCUUGUACAUAAGAGAGGUUACAUAGGACAGAAAACCUGCAAAUAUACUGAACAUGGGAAAACCCGUGAUAUGUCAUUUUUCAUCACUCAUCAGCAAACACAUCCAAGAGAGAACCACUAUGGUAAGGAAUGUGGAGAAAAUAUCUUUGAGGAAUCCAUUCUCCUUGAACAUCAGAGUGUUUACCCAUUCAGCCAGAAGUUAAAUCUCACUCCAAUUCAGAGAACCCACUCAAUUAACAAUAUUAUUGAAUAUAAUGAAUGUGGAACCUUUUUCAGUGAAAAAUUAGUCCUUCAUUUACAACGCAGAACACAUACAGGGGAAAAACCUUAUGAAUGUCAUGAAUGUGGAAAAACCUUCACCCAGAAGUCAGCCCACACAAGACAUCAGAGAACACACACAGGUGGAAAACCCUAUGAAUGUCACGAAUGUGGGAAGACCUUCUAUAAGAAUUCAGACCUCAUUAAACAUCAAAGAAUUCACACAGGGGAGAGGCCUUAUGGAUGUCAUGAAUGUGGGAAAUCCUUCAGUGAAAAGUCAACCCUUACUCAACAUCAAAGAACACACACAGGGGAGAAACCAUAUGAAUGUCAUGAAUGUGGGAAAACCUUCUCAUUUAAGUCAGUCCUUACUGUGCAUCAGAAAACACACACAGGGGAGAAGCCCUAUGAAUGCUAUGCAUGUGGGAAAGCCUUUCUCAGAAAAUCAGAUCUCAUUAAACAUCAGAGAAUUCACACAGGUGAAAAACCGUAUGAAUGUAAUGAAUGUGGGAAGUCAUUCUCUGAGAAGUCAACCCUUACUAAACAUCUAAGAACUCACACAGGUGAGAAACCUUAUGAAUGUAUUCAGUGUGGAAAAUUUUUCUGCUACUACUCCGGUUUCACAGAACAUCUGAGAAGACACACAGGGGAGAAACCUUUUGGAUGUAAUGAAUGUGGGAAAACCUUCCGUCAGAAGUCGGCCCUAAUUGUUCACCAGAGAACUCAUAUAAGACAGAAACCCUAUGGAUGUAAUGAAUGUGGAAAGUCAUUCUGUGUGAAGUCAAAACUCAUUGCACAUCAUAGAACACACACAGGGGAGAAACCCUAUGAAUGUAAUGUUUGUGGAAAAUCAUUCUAUGUUAAGUCAAAACUAACUGUACAUCAGAGAACACACUAGGAGAAACCCUAUAAAUGUAGUAAAUGAGGGAAAUUACUCUGGGUGAAGUCAGAACUUUGUAGAACACAGAACAAAGGGUGAGAGAAAUCUGUUAAUAUAAUGAUAGCCUUUGCUGUGAAGUCAGUUCUCACAGUAUAGAAGAGAACUUAAAGAGGGAAAAAAACAAUAUGAAGAUAGGGAAUGCAGGAAAACAUUAUUCUGGAAUUUGGACCAUACACUAUGUUACAAAACUAAAAGUGGAAAAAACUUAUUAGUGAAUGAAUAUAGGAAACAUUUUGCCCAAUGCCACUCCUCAUUAAACAUCAGAGAAUUCACAUAGCGUGAAACCUGGGUCAGCAUCCCUAGGUUGAGAGAGGAUGCAUUUUUCUGCUACUACUACAGUUUCACAGAAUAUCUGAGAAGACACACAGGGGAGAAACCUUUUGGGUGUAAUGAAUGUGGGAAAACCUUUCAUCAGAAGUCAGCCCUAAUUGUUCACCACAGAACUCAUAUAAGACAGAAACCCUAUGGAUGUAAUGAAUGUGGAAAAUCAUUCUGUGUGAAGUCAAGAGGCCGGAGAAAAUGCACAAACUGUAGGAAACUAUAGGAAAGCAUUUACUAUGAGGUUAUAUUUUAUGAAGUAUAUGUAAUAAGAAGUAGCUUCUCAGUGGAUAUCAGAUAGUAGAGAAAGUAUUUUUAAUUGUAUCGAAUGUGUGGACGUUUUAAGUUAAAAUCUAAAUUUAACAUAGAACAGGUUGAAUUGCAGGAUAUCUAGCAAUUUAAGAAAAUGUGGAAAAAAGAUUUUUAUUGAGAAAUAGCAUUUUACUUUGUUAAUAUCCAGUUUAGUUCAUUGUCAAGACUGCUAUUUUCUAAGAGACUUGAAAAGAUGCCACUUGAGCCAAUGGCUAUAAGUAGUUCAAAGGUUUAUUGCUUAGCCAUAUGAAAAAUAAGGGAAGAUUUUUUAGCAAAGGGACCCACAAACAAGAGUGCUCUUGAAUGUCCAGAAGAAAGAGAAAGACCCUCAAUCUGGGGCCAUAGUACAGGAGCCCACCAGCAGCAUUUUUGAGUAAUCCUGGGGCAGACUAAAUUCGGACGACCCGUCUCAAAAUGGUGGAUCAAAGCGGCAAGUCAAUUUGCCUUGUAUGCAACUUAUGAGGAUUAGUAGAAGAGAGUGGGUACAGAUUUCUGGUGGUUUCUGCCCUGCAGAUGUCUAACACAUAAGCCAGGACAUUCUGCGGUGAGUGACUUAUUGUACCCAACUCUAUUUUUCUCCAUACUGAAACACGUCUUUCAUAGGUGAUAUAACUUUUUAAAAUGUAUAUGUAGAUAUAACUUAAAUAUGGAGCUUUCAAAAAGCACAAAUAGGCUGGGCAUGGUGGCUUGUGCCUAUAAUCCCAGUACUUUGGGAGGCUGAGGUGGGCAAAUCACCUGAGGUCAGGAGUUCCAGACCAGCUUUGGCCAACAUGAUGAAACCCUGUCUCUACUAAAAAUACAAAAAUUAGCCGGGCAUGGUGGUGCACACCUGUAGUCCUGGCUACUAGAGAGGCUGAGGUGGGAGGAUCACUUGAACCUGGGAGGUGGAAGUUUCAGUGAGCUGAGAUCAUGCCACUGCACUCCAGCCUGAGUGACAGAGAGAGAUUAAAACAAAGAAACAAACACAAAAAUAGACUUUGCUAUUGGGUAAGGUAUAGUAGUUGGCAGCAGAAUGGACCCAUUGAGGAUAACUAUAAAAUUACAGAAAAUAUUUAAAUGCAACUAAUUGCUAUAGAAGCAAAGAGGACUAAAGGGGCAAAAUUCUAGAGAGUGGUAAGUCUCAGAAAGCACAUGCACAGAAUGCAGCUCUGGGGGCCUUUCUACUUCUGGCUAUAGGGCAGAACCUGAAUACUGAACUUAAUUCAGGCAGAGGACCAUAACCUGGGGGUCAGGGGAAGGCAUGGGGGGACCAGAAGCCAGGAGAACAAUCAAGACUGCAAUGAAAAAAAUGGAUACAUUAGGGGCUUCAAACACAUAUAAUUUCUCAAGAAAUUUCCAGAUGUCUCAUGCUGCAUAGGGCAGGAGCCUGAAAAGCUAAUUUGAGAAGAUAAUAAGUAGGAUUUUUGUUCUGUUUUGCAUUUUGCAGUAUAAAGGAGAAAUUAUUAGAACUUAGGAAGUGCCAGCAGGUUGGUGAACAUGCCAUCAGUAAAAGCCCUGGAAACAAGGUCAUACUAGAGAUUGGUUCUGCCUUGUCAUAACUGCAAACAAUACCUGAGUGGAAUAUUCAAAAACUUGCUUAGAAAGAAAGCUCUAGGAACAGAUGGCUCCACUGAAGUUAUUCCAAAUAUUUAAGAAAUAAUACCAGGCUUUUAUAAACUUUUCUAGAAGAAAAAAGAUGGAACUUUUCCAAUUCAGUUUUUGAGGCCAGUACAACCUUGAUACCAAAACCUAAAACAAACAAACGAACGAAAAAC